AAAAAAACGAAGCGGCGGGCACCAAGAAGGAUAAGAAGAAUUCAGAAGUGAAAGGUAGAUAUCAAGCAUGUCGGCGGCCCAGGUGGAGCCACAUGACAAGAUGAGGUCGAGGGACGUGAACAAGGUGGCUCGCGGCGAGCAGGCGCCUAGGCCGCCUCACGAGCCCGGCGAGAUUAGCCAGCGCCCUUCGCACCCUGAUCCCGACCCUCGCCAGUACGAUCACGACGAUGAUCGCGACCGCGAUCAGCUCAUGAAAAAGUUUUUGGAGCCAGGAACAGCUCCCAUAGACAUUCGCUUCCCUGCCAACAACCAAACUCGCCAUUGCUACACCCGAUAUAUCGAGUACCACAGGUGUCUGAAGCACAAGGACAAAGACAAAGCUCAUGAGUGUGAGAAAUUUGCCAAGUAUUACCGCUCUCUGUGUCCAUCUGAAUGGAUUGAGAGGUGGAAUGAUCAGAGGGAACAAGGCGUUUUUCCAGGGCCAAUAUAAUUAUAUGCUACGUUUUUCGACUCUGUAUAUAAAUGUGGCUUUAUGUAAUGGUUUGUAGCAACGUUUGCCCUUUCCUUCCACGGGAAACUGCACUUCUUGUUGAACAUGCUUCGUUGUACCAGCACUUUUUUUCUUCUUCCUUUCGGUAGAAGCGGUGAAAAGGCCUGUCGAACAAAAGCCCAUUAAUAUCAAAUCAGGCAAAACUUCUCGUUGGAAAGGAUAGGCCCAAACUAAUUACGG